UAAAGCCACAGAAAAACAGAUUAUCUCAAGCCCCCACACGAUCCUGUCCUGGUUUUGUGGCCAUGUCACUGUCCUCUGUGCUGCUAGGAUCAUUACUGCACACUACACCCGUGUGGAUGGAAAACUAUGUACUGGCAACUUUGCGUUAAGUCACAAGCAUCCAUGGUGUGCACGAGAACCUGAAUUCAGCCAGGCUCCUGGUUGUGCCAUGCUUGUGUUGGUCUGCCUGUGAGCACUACCAGCUUCUGCCAGACACAGGCUCGCUGUCUAGUGGGAGCUGUUUCUUCCUCUUGUUACCCAAAGGUCAGAUGUGCCCACUGUACGAAAGUCAGAGGGGGCCAUAAAUUGGUUAAGGCCACACAACUGUCAGUGGCAGAAGCAGGAUGCAGAUACGUCCAUUGUGGGGAUGAGGCCCCAUGGCCAUCUGGUGCCCUCUUUUCCUGGUUAUUAGCCUCCUCAUCCUGCCUCAGUGUCUCACCUGCUGGGCUUCCCAGCUUCCACAUGUAGCCAGUAGGUGGCGCGCUGUGGUCACAGACAGGACUGUGGUCAGAGGGCUGUGGUAGGGGGAGUGUGAGGAGGGGAUGUGAAGGCUGGGACCCCACUGAGUCUGCUGGCAGCCCUGGAGCCCGUGGAGUGAGCUGCUUCCCUAUAGCAUCCUCCUCCAACCCAACAGCAGUGGGGGCGUUAUGGACUGGGAGUCGAGCGUCUUACCGCCUCAGGGUGGACUUGGGUUGGUUUUUUCUUGGACCCCACUACCAAACCCUUCCAUACUGGCUCCCCUAGCAGAGGGACCUGAUCCACAUAGGGCAGCCCCUGGCUGUUCCCAGGUCCCUCCUCUGCCUUUCCUCAGCCCUCAGUGUUCCAACAGUGCAGGUUUUUUCCUCCUGCAACAUGGAGGGGGGCGCUGGAAUUUGCCCCCUUCCUAAGGAAACACAGUAUACUUUAUCUCUUCCUGGAUGCCCCAGUCCUGGCAUCUCUGAGUUCUAGGGCUGCAGCUCCUCGAAGUGUGUUGGGCAUAGUGGGAGAUGGAGGGGGUAGCUGUGUUGUUGACGUUGAUGGAGGGCGCAGGCAUGCACCUGCACCUCUCUUUUCAGCAAUACAGUGCGACUCCUCACACCCUCUGGAGACAUCAGCCUCAGGCUGGGAAAACAUGUAGACGAAAACCUGGGGGGGGGGGUGCAGGUGGCUUGACAUUGGUCUCCCUGGAUGUGACACCAGAAGCCCAGGUGAAAAGAGUGGAGAUGGAUGGGGAGGCAGUGUCCAAGCAGAAAACCCAGGAAAGCACAGGAAACAGCAAAACAAAAAGGCAUCAGGCGGCGGUGGCCCACACCUUUAAUCCCAGAACUCAGGAGGCAGAGCCAGGUGGAGCUCUGUGAGUUCGAGGCCAGCCUGAUCUACAGCGCGAGAUCCAGGACAGGCACCAAAGCUACACAGAGAAACCCUGUCUCGAAAAAAACCCAACCAACCAACCAACCAACCAAACCAAAAAGGCAGCUCUCCUCAGCCAGGGGAAGGUGCUGGCAACUGCCUCUCUGGUAGAGAGAUACAGCCAAACAGAAAAAGAAAAUACUCAACUCAUCAGCAGACAGAUCAACCCCCAACAAAAGGGCAAGGUGGGACGGGGUGACAUUCUCCAGAGUGGACAGAGACCUGGUUAGCAGGUACACAAACAGGUGCCUCCAUCACCGGAAACCCAGGCAGGGCCUUCAGCGCCACCGUGAGCUGUCACUUCUCACCUAUCAGGACAGACUGUCGGAAAGCAAGACUGGAGGAGGGGAGUGCGGGGGAGGGGAGUGCUCCUGCCCUGUGGGUGAAGUGGGAUAUGGCGCCGCCAGUAGAGAAAACAGUAUGGAGGUUCCUCAGAAAAUUAAAAAUAGCAUUGCCAUAUGAUUUAGUAAUCGCCCUUCUGGGCACACAUCCAAAAGCAUCAAGAUUAGGAUCUCAGGAGGUAUCACUCCUUGUUUGCCGAGGCAGCCGCAAGGCCAGGGUGUGGGAGCGACCUGUGUCUGUCUAUGACUGGAUGGAUGGGGGGCACAUGACUAGGCACCCAGAGGAAUACCAUCCAGCUUUUAACAAGGAGGAAAGCUGACGCCUCAGACGUGUGGCCGCCCCCCCUCAAAGACCCUCAGUGAGAAGAGCUGCCACCACAGACAACGUGGCUGUUCUCACUCCUACAACAUAUCUGAAGUCGGUAGACCCCCCCACAAUGGGGAGCAGGAUGUGGAUGCCAAGGCUGAAGAAGGAUGGAGGCUGCUGGCCCGUGGCUUCGGAAGACGGACAGGGAGUCUCACUGGUGUGGAAUUGAGGGUGUCAGCUUAUGUGUGGGGAUCAUAUGCAUGGGACACAGAACCAAAGCUCUGUUGAGGUAGAGUAUCAGGGCUGGCCAGGAAGUUGUGAGAGUUGCAUUCCACCCUUGUCUCGAAAGUCUGCCUAUCUUCUUGGUUAACCGUAAGUAGACUGUUUCUAGGCACAUUUUACAGAGAGGAAAAUAGAGGCUCAGGAAAUGACAGGGUGAGUGAGGGUCUCACUCUGAGCCCAGCCUUUGUGGUGCCAAAUCUGAGGGUGUGGGGAGGUGGGCUGUGGCUGUUUGGGGACCUGAACUUCAGCCAUCCCACCAUGACUGAGCAGAGGGAAGGGGAUGGUCUUAGUGUGAGCUGCCUGGGGCAAGACACACUCCUUUAUCAGGACUCCUUAUGAAGCCACAGAAGUCAAGAGAGGGACCAGUUUGGACAGGUGACUUCCCAUGAAGGCUCUGUGUGCUUGGGGGUACAGAGCAGACCAGGAGGGCUUCUUGGAAGGGGACAGAGAGUGGUAUUGAAGGACAAGAGUGUGCUUGCCCUGCAGAGGUUGGCAAAGUCCUGCAGGAGAUGUGAAGAUGCACGUGUGUGUGUGUGUGUGUGUGUGUGUGUGUGUGUGUGUGUGUGUGUGUUUUGGAAGGAUGAUGGAUAGGUGACUCUUCCAUGAAGGUGGCCCCAUUCUCCCACUGCCAUGCUGCUGUACCAAUCAGUGUGGCCAGGUACCAAACAGGCCCCGGCAGUGAGCUUGCUCACAUGAUGGCUGGAGGUUGGGUCUUCUCUUCCCCAGGCCCCAGACCCAGCCACAAGCAUGGGCCUUCACUUUUUCUGAAGUCGUUUUGGCUUCUGGGCCUCCUUACAGCCUGCAGGCAUAGGUGCAGGGAAGUGGCACAUUCCAGCCUCUUUCAGGAAUUGUGGCUAGCCUGGACCAUGAAUGUUUGGGUGGUACCACGGAGAGGCUAGACCACAGUGCGCAGUGUUCCUGAUGCCAGGGAGCCCUGCUGCCCACAGCAGUUCCUGCUAGUUUCUUGCCUUUGCAGCUCCACAUCCUUGAUCCUUCUACCAGUGCUGUGUCCACUGGGGGUGGGGUGGGGUGGGGGGACGACACAGGUCCACAGAGGCUUUUUGAGACCAGACACUUAGUCUGGCUCAAAUCUAGAGUUGCUGAAGAUGGGAGCUGAUGAUUAGGCUUCUGGGCUCUGGGGACACUCCUAGGGUGCCCAUGGCAGCCGAGUCUGACUGAAGAGAACCAAGUUCUCAGCAGCCUUGUGGGCGCAGGCUGGGAUGUGAACACCAGAUUGAGCUGAAACAAGACAGGAUGUGCAGGCACUUUCUGACUCCCAUGAACCCCGCCCUUGGGCCCCAGCCCCCUUCCAGAUGGGGCCCCUUUAAAUGCAAGGUUCUGUCUUCCAGAAGGCUCCUCCCAGUCUCCUGGGGAGCCAAGUAAACAAAAGUGGGACCCCAGCUUCUGACAUGGCUUCCCCUUGCUCUGGGGACCUCAGCCCCACUGGUCUGCCCCCGCCCUCUAUCACCACUCCAGGUCCCGCUGCACCCCCCGCGCCGCGCUUCCCCGACAUCUACGGCGGCGACGCGCAGCUCUGGGAGGCGCAUUUCCGCGGCAUCGGGCGCGCCUACCGCGCGCUGGGCAAGGAGGACGACUUCGCCAUCCGCGUGCUCACCGAGGACUUCACCCUGCCCUUCCCGUUCGCCUGGCCGCCGGGGCCCGAUCCGGCCACCGGACCGCUCUUCUACGACCCGCGGGACCGCGCGGGCUUCGACUUUCUGCUGCGCGGCCCCGGUGCGCCGCCCCCCGCGCUGCUGCGACCCCUGCACGCCACGGCGCAGGCGGCCGAGCGCAAGCGACGUCUGGAGCGCCUGGCGCUGAGCUACGCCGGUGCGGGCCGCCCCCCUGGCUUGGUGCUGCUGGCGCCUGUUGGCGCCUUCCCACCCGAGGCUGGCCGUCCUGCUUGGCGCGCCCUCGGCCGCGACAGCGAAUAAAGCCUCUGCCUCUCGUGUG